AUGGUUGCUUUCAGGUUGCACCAGUACCAGGUUGUCGGAAGGGCUCUCCCAACAGAGAAGGAUGUGCAACCCAAGAUUUACAGGAUGAAGCUCUGGGCCACGAACGAGGUUCGUGCCAAGUCCAAGUUCUGGUAUUUCUUGAGGAAACUGAAGAAGUUUAAGAAGAGCAAUAGUCAGAUGCUCGCCAUCAGCGAGAUCUUUGAGAAGAAUCCGACCACCAUCAAGAACUUUGGAAUCUGA